AGGAACCAGACUUCCUACAGUCUGUGUGCAGCAAGCAGCGAGGUGGAGCUUAGCUCAGGCUAUAAGCGGUAGGGCUGUAGGCUGCGUUGGGCUGGGAGUGGAUGGGCUGUGUGUGCUGAGCACCGGGUUGGGGGGGGGGGGGGGGAAGCUGAAAUUGUUCCCAAGCCCGGACUCCUGCUCAAUGCUCUCGCAAGCCUGCACUGACCUUGACACCAUGCACAGCCUCCAGAAGGACACUACCUUCACCAAGAUCUUUGUGGGCGGUUUGCCCUAUCACACUAACGAUUCGUCCUUGCGGAAAUAUUUCGAGGUGUUUGGGGACAUCGAGGAGGCGGUGGUCAUUACUGACCGGCAGACCGGGAAAUCCAGGGGCUACGGCUUUGUCACCAUGGCAGACAGGGUGGCAGCGGACCGAGCAUGUAAAGAUCCCAAUCCCAUCAUUGAUGGCAGAAAAGCCAACGUCAAUCUAGCCUACCUGGGAGCAAAACCAAGAGCCAUACAAACUGGAUUUGCUUUGGGCGUCCAACAGAUACACCCGGCUCUGAUCCAGCGUCCCCUCGGGUAAGGGAGAAAAACCUUUGUUAUACAAGUGGCUCUGUACCUAGAAGGUUGUGCAUUUCCAUAGCAUCUCUCACCAU